UUCCUCGUACUGUAUCUGCAGUUGUGCAUGCAUGCAUGGGCAUGGCCGCACCAAAGCCGGCGAGUGGCCUGUGUGUUGACCCCGCCUGUCUCUCGCUCACUCCCCCGCUUUACGCUCCCUUCCCUUCGUCCAAACUUGCCACCCACCGGCGCCCUUAAGAACGCGCAUGCACACUCUCCUUCGGGAGAAUCCCCGGAAUCACACACCACUGCUGCAGGUUUGAAUGGAUUUGAGACAUUUUUUCAGGGAUUGAUCCGAAAUUAACUGACGAGAGGCAGAUACAUACAGGGAGAUUUGCAUGAGCUGAUCCAGAGAACAGAGGGAGACGACGAUGGCCCUGUUCGAUCGGAACCAGAGGCAGCGGUCGUCGUUCUACUCCACGGCGACCUUCGUCGUGUUCGUCGCGCUCUGCCUCCUCGGCCUGUGGAUCAUGUCAUCUCCCGAGACCGUCCCGGCGGCCAUUUCCAUGUCCUCGGAGAAGGCGGCCGUGAAGGCCGACGUCGUCAAGGAGGAGGACAGCUCCAUCGACGCCACCAACACCGUCAAGCAGGACAGCGCCAACGUCGUCGCGGAGGCGGCCACGGCCGGUGCCGCCGCUGAGGAUGUCGACAUCCCCGGAAAGACCGGUGGCGGCGAAGCGGCAGAAGGCGACGGCGGGAAGGCGGCGUCCUCGUCGUCCAAGGACCAGUCGUUUGACGACGAGAACGGCCGGACCGAGGGCGGGGACCUCGUCAAGCCGGGCGGCGGCGGCGAGACGGACGCCGCCGCGGGCCAGGACAAGGGCGCCGGCGAUGACGCGGCGCUUGACAACGAUGCGAAGGUCGAUGCCGCCACCAAGGAUGCCGGCGGUCUGGAUCAGAGCGCCGCCGAGCAGACGGCCACGGACACGACGAAGGCGAGCGCUGCAGAGCAGGCGGCGGCGACUGGCGUCGUCAAGGAGAGCAGCGCCGAGGCAGGCGGCGGCGGCUCGGCCAAGAAACUCACGUUCGAUGACGAGAACGGCAAGAUGGACGGCGUCGAUCUUGUCAAGGACGACGGCAACAAGACUCGCAUCUCGGAGGAGAGUGCCAAGGUCGAAGGCGCCGCGCUGACGGUGAAGCCGUCCGCCAAAGCAGCGACGGCGACGGCCACCGACAGUGACAAGCAGGACGAGGCGUCGGCGGUCGCCACUGACGACACCACCGCCGCAUCGACGACGACCUCCGAAGACGAGAAGAAACAGGACGGCGCCGAGCAGCAGCUGCCUGCAGCAGCGGAGGCGCAGCCGAACGUCCAGGCAGAGCUCCUGACGGAGCGCGCGGCGCAGAACGGGUCGUUCACGACGCAGGCGGCGGAGUCCACCGAGGAGAAGAAGAAGCGCGCCGAGAAGAAGGGGAAGAAAGAGAGAGGAAAGAAGAAGGCGGCCGUCGCCGUCGCCGGCGCCACGGUGGCGUGGAAGCUGUGCAACUCGAGCGCCGGCGCGGACUACAUCCCGUGCCUGGACAACGUGGCGGCCAUCAAGAAGCUCAAGACGGACAAGCACUACGAGCACCGGGAGCGGCACUGCCCCGAGGAGGCGCCGACGUGCCUGGUCCCGGCGCCGCCGGAGUACCGAGAGCCGAUCCGGUGGCCGCACAGCCGCGACAAGAUCUGGUACUACAACGUGCCGCACACCAAGCUGGCCGAGUACAAGGGGCACCAGAACUGGGUGAAGGUCUCCGGCGAGUACCUGACGUUCCCCGGCGGCGGCACGCAGUUCAAGCACGGCGCGCUGCACUACAUCGAGCUGAUCCAGAACUCGUUCCCGGACGUGGCGUGGGGAAGGCGAAGCCGCGUCGUGCUCGACGUCGGCUGCGGCGUGGCGAGCUUCGGCGGGUACCUGUUCGACCGCGACACGCUGACCAUGUCGCUGGCGCCCAAGGACGAGCACGAGGCGCAGGUGCAGUUCGCGCUGGAGCGCGGCAUCCCGGCCAUCUCCGCCGUGAUGGGCACGCAGCGCCUCCCGUUCCCGGCCAACGUCUUCGACGUCGUGCACUGCGCGCGGUGCCGCGUGCCGUGGCACAUCGACGGCGGCAUGCUCCUCCUGGAGCUCAACCGCCUGCUCCGCCCCGGCGGCUUCUUCGUCUGGUCCGCCACGCCGGUGUACCAGAAGCUCCCGGAGGACGUGGAGAUCUGGGACGAAAUGGUGAAGCUGACCAAGGCGAUGUGCUGGGAGAUGGUGGCGAAGACCAGGGACACCGUCGACCUGGUCGGGCUCGUCAUCUUCCAGAAGCCAGUGGACAACGUCUGCUAUGACAAGAGGCCGGAGAAGGAGCCGGCGUUGUGCGAGCUCUCCGACGAUCCCAACGCCGCAUGGAACAUAAAGUUCCGGGCGUGUAUGCACCGUGUUCCCGAGGACCAGAAAGUGCGGGGCGCCCGGUGGCCGGAGCUGUGGCCGGAGAGGGUGCGGAAGGCGCCGUACUGGCUGGACCGGAGCCAGGUGGGAGUGUACGGCAAGCCGGCGCCGGACGACUUCGCGGCGGACCUGCAGCACUGGAGGAAAGUGGUCCGGAGCUCGUACCUCGCCGGCAUGGGCAUCGACUGGAAGACCAUCCGGAACGUCAUGGACAUGAGGGCCGUCUACGGCGGGUUCGCGGCGGCGCUGCGGGAGAUGAAGGUGUGGGUCAUGAACGUGGUCACCAUCGACUCGCCGGACACGCUGCCGGUGAUCUACGAGCGCGGCCUGUUCGGGAUCUACCAUGACUGGUGCGAGUCCUUCAGCACCUACCCGAGGUCCUACGACCUCCUCCAUGCCGACCACCUCUUCUCCAAGCUCAAGCCCAGGUGCAAGGUGUUGCCGGUGAUCGUGGAGGUGGACCGGAUCCUGAGGCCGAACGGGAAGCUGAUCGUGCGGGACGACAAGGAGACGGUGGACGAGAUCCAGGGGGUGGUGAGGUCGUUGCAGUGGGAGGUCAGGAUGACCGUCUCCAAGAACAAGGAGGCGAUGCUGUGCGCGAGGAAGACGACGUGGCGGCCCACGGAGAUCGAGAGCAGAUGACCUACUAGCCCGUACGUAGUUGUUUCGGGAGCACGUACGUACACGUACAGAACAGGUUGAUCUCGAUCUAUACACACUUGGUGCUGCAGCGCAUUGCAAUAACUGAGUGAGCUAGGGGUGUCCUUAUAUCACAGAGAAAAGAGAAAGGAAAACCAGAGUGAUAUGUAGAUGAUGGGAAAACAUUUUGUAGGGUACAUAUUGUGUGUCAUGUUGUUUUUUGAGAGGGUUUCGAUGGCUAUUUUUUUGGAGGUCAUGCUUGUACCUGGUACUUCAAAUCGAGUACAUAGAUAUAUAAUUUGUGCAGUUAUUGGCUUAUCGCAUUAACCAUUGAAUAAUGCCUAUGUAUCUAUAAGGAAA